AUGGGCCCCGCGACCUUCGGCCUCGUCUGGGCCGUCCUCGGCCUCAGCGCCAGCGACGGUCCGGUUGGUGGCGGCGGCGGUGCCGGGGCGGAGUCGCGGCUGUUCCGCCGGCUGUUCUCCCGCUACAGCCGCUGGGCGCGGCCCGUGCCCAACACCUCGGACGUGGUGAUCGUGCGCUUCGGGCUCGCCAUGGCCCAGCUCAUCGACGUGGAUGAGAAGAACCAGAUGAUGACCACCAACGUCUGGCUGAAGCAGGAGUGGAGUGACUACAAGCUGCGCUGGGAUCCGGCGGAGUUCGACAACGUCACCUCCAUCCGUGUCCCCUCCGAGAUGAUCUGGAUCCCCGACCUCGUCCUCUACAACAAUGCCGACGGCGAGUUCGCGGUGCGGCACAUGACCAAGGCCCACCUGUCCUGGGACGGGACGGUCACCUGGGUGCCACCGGCCAUCUACAAGAGCUCCUGCAGCAUCGACGUCACCUUCUUCCCCUUCGACCAGCAGAGCUGCAAGAUGAAGUUCGGCUCCUGGACCUACGACAAGGCCAAGAUCGACCUGGAGAACAUGGACCACCAGGUGGACCUGAAGGACUACUGGGAGAGCGGCGAGUGGGCCAUCAUCAACGCCGUGGGCACCUACAACUCCAAGAAGUACGACUGCUGCACGGAGAUCUACCCCGACAUCACCUUCUACUUCGUCAUCCGCCGCCUGCCGCUCUUCUACACCAUCAACCUGAUCAUCCCGUGCCUGCUCAUCUCCUGCCUGACCGUGCUGGUCUUCUACCUGCCCUCGGACUGCGGCGAGAAGAUCACGCUCUGCAUCUCCGUGCUGCUGUCCCUCACCGUGUUCCUGCUGCUCAUCACCGAGAUCAUCCCCUCCACCUCGCUGGUCAUCCCGCUGAUCGGCGAGUACCUGCUCUUCACCAUGAUCUUCGUCACGCUCUCCAUCGUCAUCACCGUCUUCGUGCUCAACGUGCACCACCGCUCGCCGGGCACGCACGCCAUGCCGCGGUGGGUGCGCGGGGUGUUCCUCGGCGCCGUGCCGCGCUGGUUGGCCAUGAAGAGGCCACCGCCCGUGGUGGUGGUGCCGCCCGAGGGGACGGGGACGCGGCUCAGCGCGUCCCGCUGCUGGCUGGAGACCGACGUGGACGACAAGUGGCACGAGGAGGACGAGGAGGAGGAGGAGGAGGAGGAGGAGGAGGAGAAGACCUGUCCCAACCACCCCGCGGAACCCGAGGAGAAGCGGUUCCACCACGGCCGAGGCGGGAAAGGAUCAGCGGCCAAGUUGGCCAAGGAGAAGAAGAAGAAGGAGGAGGAGGAGGAGGAGGAGGAGGAGGAGGAGGAAGGCUCGGAGCGGGGCCUGGCGCUGUCCCCCAGGGUGAUGAAGGCCCUGGAAGGGGUUCAGUACAUCGCCGACCACCUGCGGGCCGAGGACGCCGACUUCUCCGUGAAGGAGGACUGGAAGUACGUGGCCAUGGUGAUCGACCGGAUCUUCCUCUGGAUCUUCAUCAUCGUCUGCCUGCUGGGCACCGCGGGGCUCUUCCUGCCGCCCUACCUGGCCGGGAUGAUCUAGGACCGGGAAUUUGGGGAAUUUUGGGGAUUUUGGGAAUUUUGGGAAUGCUGGGAAUGGUGGUGGCCGCGUCCCGCCGGACGCCGGUGGGGAGGUGGAGAUGUGGGAGAACCUCCAGCGGGAACGGAGGGCGGAGAAAGGGAUGGGGUGAGGUGGUGGUGACCGGCCGGGGGUGUCGUGGUCCCAACAUCCCAUAAUCCUGUGAUCCCGUAAUCCCAAAAUCCCACCAUCCCAAGAUCCCAGGAAACUGUGGGACAGGGAUCGUGUGGAUGGUCCGUGCAGAAGAACAUGGACUUGAUCCCAUAAUCCCAUGAUCCCACAAUCCCAUGAUCCCACCAUCCCAAGAUCCCAGGAGGUUGUGGGACAGGGAUCAUGUGGAUGGUCCAUGCAGAAGGAACAUGGACUUGAUCCCACAAUCCCAUGAUCCCAUGAUCCCACAAUCCCAUGAUCCCACAAUCCCAUGAUCCCACAAUCCCAUGAUCCCAGGAGGUUGUGGGACAGGGAUAACGCUCUGGAUGGUCCGUGCAGAAGGGAUUUGGACAUGAUCCCAUAAUCCCAGGAUCCCAAAAUCCCAUAAACCUAUGAUCCCAUAAUCCCAUGAUCCCAU